AUGUAUCAAGACGGGGUCGCCCGAGGGGGGCAAGUACAUCGUGGACGCGUUCGGCCACUCGUCGAAUAUGGUCUAGAUAAUGCCAUCGAACCGGUGGAAGGGCUGGUUGUCGACAACAGUCAUGGGAGGAGUGGGCUUUCGCAAUCAUACCGGCCCUGUCGGCGUUCAGCUCGGUGCCGCACGGACCGAAGAUCUGCUCUGGGUCCAGCCAGAGUCCGCCUGCGUCGACACAAACAUCUCGGUCGAAUUCUAGAUACCCUCCACGGCAUUGCCAGUGGUGAGGCGAACAACAUCUUCCUCGUCGACAAUGGGGGUUUCGCCAAUCUGGUCCCAAAAUUUCCGUACGUCAACGUGACGAGCUCGCAGACUGAUCCGAACGUGCAAGGACGAGCGUACAAAGCCGCAUGGAUGGUGGACGCUUAUACCAUGUCGAUUAUGAACCUGACCCGGCCGAGUCCCGACGCCUUCGCCUACCUCAAAUCCAAGGUCAGCAACAAAUAUCCAGUCACAAGAUAUCAGACGACGGGAGUCAAGCUCAAUGGAAUCUGUGUCACCAAUACUUGGACGUCCAUGUUGGACCCGGAAGCCUACUUGUCGAACUACACCUUGGCCGGCGUGCCGUCCGCUAAAUAUUCCAACCCAUUUGGGCUAACUAGUUCAAACUAG